AUGCAUGGUGUCAAGGAGAAGGUGGAGUUUCUAAAUAAGAAAAUUGAAGAGCGCAAGGCUGAUAAGAAGCAACAGGCAAACCAGGACGAUCUCCAAGAUAUUGCAGAGGCCCAGGAGAAAUUGUUGCACAACAGGGCUGAAGAACGCUUCACUGCCCACCUGAAGUCCUCGGAUCUGGAGAUGGACAAUCUAAAAGAUGAACUAGAAAAACUCAAGACUGAACUCAAUCUCAAAAAUCAACAGGUGGAGCUUCUGACCAAGAAACUCGAAGAGAACAAGGCUGAUAAAAAGCAGCAGGCAAACCAGGACGGAUAUCAGGAUUACAAAGAUAUUGCCGAGGCCCAGCAGAGACUGUUGCAGGAGAGAGCUGAAGAGGUUUCAGGGAUACAUGAGCUGAUGAACCACAACGUUGACCGUCUGCAGAGUGCUGAAGAAAAGUUGGUACUCGCUGACAAAAAAUUGUUAGCAGCUCUGAGCAAGGCUGAGGCCCUAGAGAAGGAACUCAUGCAGACUCGAAAGGACGCAAGCCAACAGCGGAGGUGCCUCAAUGAGCUCAAAGACAAAGACCUUCAGGUCUGCGAGCUGCAGGAUUGUGUCAAGAAACUGAAACAACAGAAGAACUUUGCUGAGGAACUUCUUGAUGAUAAAAAGAGACACCACAGGAUUUCCAUGGAUGCCAUAAAUGGGAAGGUGGCUUUUAGCAGGUCUCUUAGAGACUGUGUGGAGCUUCUGACCAAGAAACUUGAAGAGAACAAGGCUGAUAAAAAGCAGCAGGCAAACCAGGACGGUCUCCUUGAUUACAAAGAUAUUGCCGAGGCCCAGCAGAGACUGUUGCAGGAGAGAGCUGAAGAGGUUUCAGGGAUCCAUGAGCUGAUGAACCACAACGUUGCCCGUCUGCAGAGUGCUGAAGAAAAGUUGGUACUCGCUGACAAAAAAUUGUUAGCAGCUCUAAGCAAGGCUGAGGCCCUAGAGAAGGAAUUCAUGCAGACUCAAAAGGAAGCAAGCCAACAGCGGAGCAAGUACCAUGACCAAAUCUACAAGCUCAGGGACAAGCUUAGUGAUACCAAGGACCAACAAAAAAGAGCCAUUGAAUGGCGUGAUGAUCAAAUCAAAGACCUGCAGAGGCAAGCAUCUUUUCUUACAAGGAAAUUGGAGAAGCUAACAGAGACGACAGAGAUGAUGGAUAAGGUCAACACUGAGCUGCUGAGGGAGAAACGCCAGUUCUACCGCAAUCUGAAUGGAGAUUUCCUAGUUUGAGAAACCAAAAUAAGCAACAAGAAGC